GACACAUACCAUGCACCAGGCCUUUGAACCGUUGAUUUAAUCUGACGGUGUUUAUUAAUUGUAUUAAAAUUAAUUAUUUAUUAAGAAUUAUACUACAAAUUACACCCUUUAAAUAAUUAUACUUACUAUGAAGUCUCCCAACAAUUAUUAUAAUUGUAUUUUCUGGUAUGCUACCUUUAUUUCGUAGAGGUUUUGAUUGAACUUCGAAGAUUUAUCAUAAUUGAUAAUAAAUUUCCAUUGAAAUUUGGAUAGAAAAAUUGAAUAAGAACUUCAUCGUGCAGCAUCCCAAUUCGACCAUCAUCAUCGGUUCAUCACAACUACCCCAUUAAGUGCCCUUAAUUUUACAAUCAUCAUCCAAAUCCAGCAACCAUGGAAACCUAAAACCCAAAAGCAACCGCCAUUGACUUCAGCUCAUGCUCUGCUUGUAAGCUCUUAUCGUACUGGUACCAGACUGGUGCCCAAAUCCCAAUCACGACAAACCAGAAAUAGUUGACGGCGUACGAUCGACCAAAAAAGGACGCGUGAAAACAGAGGCUGCGGUGUGGCCAUUGCGAGAAUCGGGAUACUAGGCAAUUAGUUCCUCCCUCCGUCGUUCUUUAUACGGCGAGAUCGGGACCACCGAUUCGUUCAGACGGCAAAGAUUUCGAUUAACAGCGGUAGAUAACUCACCCUGUUUUGUACUGCGAGAUGGAGAAAAGGGUCGAAAAGAAACAAAAGGGAUAAAAAUCUCGAAGCAGAGUUUCCUCCCAUCACCGGAGAGCUCAUUCUUUAUAUUCUUCUCUGCCUCGUUCCGCCCAAGUCAUUAAUGAAACAUAUAUAGUUCUUUGUGUUUUGGGGAAAGGGACCUUGAGAAAGACCAUAUUUAUAUGUUGAAUUUUUGAUUACUAUGACAAGCUGUAACCUGAAACCAUGAAAUUAACGAGCAAGCUUUGUCCAAAUCCUCCUCAAACCAUGAAAUUAACAGUGUAAUUAACCAUGUAGAGGCUAGACCCCAUUAUGGACUAAAAUGUAGACUCGAUCACCAUUUGGGAAUAUGCUCAGCGUCUCCACCGACAGAUUCUUUACCUCGUCAGCGGAAUUAUCAUGGCCGAAGUUGAGAAUCGAAACGGAGAAAGUGUAGAGGGAGAAUGUGGGAGUGGGAACGAAGAAGAGUCAGGACAAAAUGACGGUGCUGCAUAACACACGGGUUUUUGUCUACCCUGCUAAUCGAAAACCUUCCAGCAGCAACCACCACCACCAACAAUGGCGGCACCACCUUCUGAACAAUCUUCCCUUUCUUCUCCCGAAUCAACAGUGAGGCCUUGUUAUCAGUCAAAACCCAGAAAUCCCAAACUAAUGAACCCGAAACCCCACCAUUGUUUCGCCCAGAGGUGGGAAAGGUUGACUUUCAACGAUGAAUGGACUUCUAUUCCUUUGCUGUUUGCAUCUCUCCAUCCACCGACGACCGAAGAAAUGGAGGUGGGAAGUGGAAGCCGGCAGAGCCGUUCUCGUUAGUGCUUCCUGUCAUUGUUGGAGGGAAGAAGGAAGAUAGAGGACGGGCGAGAAAAGGAAGAAGGAAUUUGGGGUUUCUGGAGUAGAGAGAUGAUAGUGAAGUGGGGUUGCGGUGAUGUCGGUGAUUGGGAUGGUGAAGUGGGGUGGCCGGAGGAUAGAGACAGCGGAGAUAGUGGGGAAGAAAAGAGUCACGAGAGCCUGUUUGUUGACUGAAUUAACCGGACCAUAAGCCAUUCAGCCCACUUCAGUAAUUUCAGCCCAAAUCUGUCCGGAGUCCGCAAUCAGCCUGUUAUAUCGUCCUUCGCCUUGCUGUCACUCUCUCUCUAGCUCCAAAAACAGAACCCCAAAAGCAGAACACCUUUUCCUCUAAAACAAUGACAGUUGCUUCCCUAGUGCUCCUCAAUCAAUGUUUUUGAAGCUUCAUCAUCAUAUCUACAGUCUACACCAACGGACUUCAAGCUACAACAUCAACGGCCAUCAAGCUACUUCAAGUGCUCAUUUAAACAACUCCAUCCUCUUCUCCAUAACUUGACGGUUCGGCAACGGGAAAGAAGGAUUCUUUUGGGUUGUUGAUGGGUCCAGGUUUGCUUGUUUACUCUGUAGAUUACAGGAGCUAUGGUUGGGUAAUCUAAGAGUGUUGGGUUCUCCUAGUUUUCUACAAUAGCUUGAGUUAUAGUGAUUAGGAUCUAGAUAGUCGGGUGAGUUAUAGUGAUCGAAAUCUGGGUAACCAAGUAUUGUGAGGGUUCUAAGAAGGUUGGUUUGAGAUCCCAAAUAAGUUGUUGAAAUGAGUUGUCAAAUAUAGUUGAUUAUUGCAUACUAAAGUAAGCACUUGUGUUUUAUGGUUGUUGUCAUACUAACAUUGGUAGAGUUGUAUCUCGUAGGGCGGUUACGUAUUCAACAAUUUGGUAUUCCAACAUUUAAACGCUUAAUUGCAACAUGAUGUGGUUAGUAAUACAAGAUUGAUUUAGGAUGUAAGGAUAUAAAUGUUUUUAUAUUCACGUUUAGGAAUUCUCAUUUUAUGCUUGUUACACUAUAUUGAUUUAGAAAAUGCCACACAUUUGUCAAUUAAGGUUGGCUACAUAACUUGGUUUUUCUUUAGGGUACGUUUAAAGUCGGGGAUAAAAUGUUGGAACUCCAUUAAUAUGUUUUAUAGGGUAUGUGAUUGUAUCUGGUGCAGAAGACCACCUGAGUGGCAGGUAGCAGGUCCCGAAGUUGCCAUAUGACACGAGUGGUUCUUGUAGAUGUGGCACUAUAGCAUUGGCAAUUUGGUAUUUUUAGAUAGAGUGGGUGCUUUUGUGUAGAUGUGGCCCCGUAGGUUGUUUGUUGUUGUUUUUACCAUCAUUUGCACCAAUCUAAUGGUACAAAACUGUUCUUCUUGUAAUCUCGGUUAGAUUGUAUCAAAUUAUUUUUGUUUAUUAGAAUCUCUAUCAAAAUCUUGUGUAAAGCUAAAAAGUGGUUCUUGUAACCACUGUACCCAAAUCAUUUAUUGGGUAGAAUCUGUAUCCAAAUCUUGUGUGAAGAUAAAAUGUGAUUCUUCUAAUAUCUGUACCCAAUCAUAUUUUGGUAGAAUCUAUAUCUAAAUAUUUUGUGAAGAUAAAUGUUGCCAUUUGUAAUGUAAAGAAUAUAGUAAUUAAUUUAUUUCCUUUUAAAAAAAUCGUUUGCCCCUUCAGUCUUCUCCGUAUCAUCUCUUCUAAGUUAUUCUUCCCACAUUCCAAUAGUAGAUAAUCUCUAUAUUUGCUCUGAAAUCGGUAGCCUGAUUGCAAAAUUUAAAAUGAUUUUUCUCUUAGUAUUGAUCAUCAAUUUAAUUAAUGUAUGUUACCGAAGAUUUCCGAUAAAAAAAAGAAGAUUCCCAUCAUUGAUUGAAGAAGACAAAAUUAGGUAUAGUUGUUUCCUUUUUUUUUCUGACGAAGAUAGAAGGUUUUGAGGGUAAAAAAGGAUAAUGAUAGGGUAGACAAUCAGCAAAUAAAUAGGAGAUCAAUUA